UUUCGAAAAAGGAGGGAAGUGAGAGAGGGAAGAGAGAGAGAGAGAGAGGCGAUGGCGAACCUCUCAAGCUUAGUUCACGAGCUUCGUGAACGCAUCGCAGCUUCGUCAUCAACACCUCCGAAUCACCACGCUGACGACGACGCCCUGGAGACCAGAUUUCGCGCUGUUCUUCCCAAUCUCCUUCACGCCUAUGUCGUCCCCUCUUCUUCAGCCAAUGAGAGGGAGGUCAUCGCGGUGUUAAAGCUAUUGACUCACACAGCAAAGAACUUCCCCGGCGUUUUCUUCCACGGGAGGCCUGCAGCAGUUCUACCUCUUAUCGGUCGCAUAUUGCCCUUUUUUGCCGAACCUGCAUUUCGCUCUCGACAUGGAGUGAUUUUUGAAACGGUUGGAUCCCUUUUAUCCUUGCUUCGCACAGGAGACCAUGACGCUUACCGUCAAUUUUUUAUGGACACGAUGGUAGUUGUUGAAGAUCUUCUAUAUGUGGCUUCACUCUUUGCUGAUGAGUCAAGAAAUGCAGUAUCAAGCAAAGUGUCUUUCAAGUGCUUCUGUGAGUCAUUUAAUGGAAUUUCCAGCGACCCCGCUCAUCUCAGUGAUCUUCCUCCUAGCAGCAAAACUAUUGAUGGUCUCGGUGUUUUGAUUAAUCUCACGGGCAGACAAAGGUGGCAACCUUUUGCUACUUGGGUCAUUAAGCUUAUCUGUAAAUGCCUAACUGAGGGAACUCUAUACGUUGAAGGACUUGUCAAUGUGUCGUUUGUUUCGGCUGCAUGUAGUCUAUUAUGCUACGGAGAUUCUGAUCUGCAUAUGGCAUGUUUCGACUUCGCUCGCAUUAUUGGAACUGUUGUCGAUUUUGAGAUUGUUCCUACUGAGAAAUUAAUUCACUCAAUAUCUACUAUAUUAAGUGAAGAUGAGGAAGGGCUUCCAGUUUUCAGAAACACUGUUUAUGAUUCUUCAAUGGGUGGUUGCCUUCAGGCACUACACUCUAGUUGUCCUGAUGAUGUUGUCAAGUUGACUGCUGCGAAUUUGGUCAAAGUUUUUCCGGAGUCGAUGCAGAGAACAAAAAGUUCAGAGCUGAAGGCUGCUUUAUGCAAUGCAUAUAUCAGAAUAGCUAAAAGUUGUCCCCCUCACAUUUGGAGGCCAGAAUCUCUUAUCAGUUUGCUUUGUUCCUCAAAUGCCUGUUUUGCAUUGAUUGAUUGCUUACGAAUGGCUCUGUCUACUAUUAUUCCUGAUGCUGUUGAAGAAGAAACAAUUGAAAAUCGUAAAAUGAAUAGAUCACCCCCGAAUCCUGGUGGAUGUGAGAGCAUACGAGUUGGGGGGAAAAGACCUCUUCAGGACCAAAACACUUUCCAGACAAAGCGUCAGAAGUUUGAUAAAAAAGUAAUAACUUUACAGGCUGAUUCUCUGGAUGAGAAAAUGAUUUCUUGUAAAGUCACAACUGGAGUGAUAAAUGAGUAUGGUGAAUAUAUGCUCAAAUCGCUUUUUUCCUUUGUUGAAUUUCUGAAUCCUCCGGGUGGAAAGGCAACUUUAUUAAGCCCGGAAGUUUCCUUAACAGCUCUUAGCAUGCUUAGCAUUGCUGUCUGCAUAUACACACAGACACAACUUUCACGUUGUAUUUUCGGGAAGAUGCAUGGGUGGAUCCCUUGGAUAUGUGAGCAGGUUCUGUUAUUUUCUGAACAUUGCUCAUUCACUUACUCUAUACACUUAACACAUGUCACUAAUAAUUAUAUGUUGCAGGCCAGUCAGGGUACUGCACUCUCAUUUGAUUUAUUCAUCUUUAUGGAAGCAGUUCAUAGUGUCUUGCUUGUGGAAUGUAUCCUUCCCAAGGAGAAUAAGCUUUUCAGAAUCAUGGGUGAUGGUGCAGAUCAGCUGCAUUUAGUGCUAAAUCUUCCGUGGACGCAUACCCUUGUUGAUGCUGAACCUCAUCCUCCAUGGAAGAUGAAAUGUCUCUCUGUCCAAAUUCUGUCCAAGAUGGGAUGCAUAAUGGAAAGUGGAAUCAAUCUCAAAGUUCUGGAUUUUGCUCUACAAGAUGAAGUAGAUGAAGUUAGAACUGAAGCUAUUAUUUCUAUGCCUAUAUUUUGUCUGUGGUCUGGGCUUGGUAUACGGACAGAUUUGUUCAAACGGCUGCAAUUCUUGGAGGAAGAGAAGAGUGAGCAAGUCAAGAGAGUCAUUCCUUUUUCUCUUGGUUAUUUGGCAUGCAUUUGUGGAUCUUGUAAUGGUAUUGCUGGUCUUUGUGAAAAUGAAUGCAAAUUAUUCCUGACAAAGGACACUGUUAAGCACAAUGCGACAGUAGAUCUUCUGUCGGCUGGAUUUUGGUGUUCAAAGUGUGACAGUAGAGUUGUACACAAUCAGGAAUUGUAUCCAAUGGUUGUACAUCUAACUGAUAUUCAAAGUGCAGAAUUCGAUAUUGAUGAUGAUUUUUUCCGUCUACAGUCUCUGUUCUUUGAGCUUCUUUAUGAUGAUUCGUCAGAAGAGGUUCAAGUUGCUUGUGUGGGAAUAAUUCAUAGGAUCCUUGCACAUGGAACCAAGGAUAUGCUGCUCAGAACAAGAUCUGAAUGGAUUAAAUGUGUUGAUUACCUUCUUCUUCACAGGAAAAGGGCUGUCAGAGUAGCUUUUAGCACAAGGAUUGGCUCCUUCCUUGAGGAGCCCAUGCUCAAUUGUUUACUUUUGGAAGAAGAGGAAUCAAACAAAACGAAAGAACAGAAGUUAUUGGACAAGAUAAAACAUGCUUUGGCUGAAGCUGAUGAUCCCCAAAUAUUUGAGACUCUACUGGAAUCAACAGCAGAGAUUAUGGUUUCAGUUGAUAUCAACAGUCAAGUGUUCUUAUUCUCUCUUAUUUUAUUGGUUGAUCAACUUGAUAAUCCAAAUUUGACGGUGAGGUUAUCUGCAUCAAAGUUAAUACGUCGUUCUUGCUACAUCCAUCUUAAAGGAGGAUUUGAACUAGUCCUGUCCAAAGUUAUUCAUGUUCGGAAUGAGUUGUAUGAUUAUCUGUCCAAUAGGCUUGCAAGCCGUCUGCAAAUGGUCAGAGAGUUUGCAGAGGCUGUCCUUGGAGUUGAAACUGAAGAACUUGUCAAAAAAAUGAUUCCUGUUGUCCUUCCAAAGCUUGUAGUCACCCAACAGGGUAAUGAUCAAGCAGUUGUCACCUUAUAUGAGUUUGCCAGGUGCUUGAACACAGAUAUGGUGCAACUGAUCGUGACUUGGCUACCAAAGGUGCUUGCGUUUGCCCUUCAUCAAGCUGAUAGUGAAGAUUUGCUCUCGGCUUUGCAGUUUUACCAUGUGCAGACUGGAUCCAACAACCAAGAGAUUUUUGCAGCUGCAUUGCCUGCACUAUUAGAUGAACUUGUGUGCUUUGUAGAUGGUGAUUUGGAUGAGACUAACAAAAGGUUAGCUAAGGUGCCUCAGAUGAUAAAAGAAGUUGCAAGAAUUUUAACUGAUUCUGAUGAUCUUCCAGGAUUUUUGAAGAAUCACUUUGUUGGUCUUCUUAACAGUAUGGAUAGAAAAUUGAUUCACACGGAGGACCUGUUAUUGCAGAAACAAGCCAUAAAACGUAUAGAGAUGCUGAUCAAUAUGAUGGGUUCCCACCUUAGAACUUACGUACCUAAACUCAUGGUUCUUCUCAUGUAUGUUAUUGAUAAAGAGCCACUGCAGGCUGAGGGUCUCUGUGUCUUACACUUUUUCAUAAAGCAGUUGGUAAAGCUAGCACCUUCUAGUACUAAACAUGUAAUAUCUCAAGUUUUUGCUGCUCUUAUUCCCUUGUUGGAGCGGGAUAGGCAUUCUUCAAAUUUCAGUAAAAUUGUGGAAAUCUUAGAAGAACUUGUUUUUGAGAAUAGGAAUAUCCUGAAGCAGCAUAUCUGUGAGUUCCCUCCUUUGCCCAAUAUUCCUGCCCUAAGAGGAGUGAACAAAGUGAUAGAAGAAGCACGUGGAUCCACAACGUUGAAAGACCAAUUGCGGGAUAUUGUUGAUGGUCUAAAUCACGAGAAUUUGAAUGUUAGGUACAUGGUGAGUAGCGAGCUGUGCAAAUUGCUGAACCUGAGAAGGGAGGACGUCACUACUUUUGUCACUGGGGAAGUAGGUUCGGAUAUGGACGUCUUGAGUUCUUUGAUUAUUUCCUUGCUUAGAGGUUGUGCAGAAGAAUCAAGAACUUCAGUGGGACAGCGGCUGAAGUUGGUAUGUGCUGAUUGCCUUGGAGCACUUGGUGCAGUUGAUCCUGCUAAAGUAAAGGGUGCUUCAAGCCAGCGCUUUAAAAUUGCUUGUUCAGAUGACGAUUUGAUAUUCGAGUUGAUCCACAAGCAUCUGGCAAGGGCUUUUAGAGCUGCGCCUGACACCAUUAUCCAAGACUCUGCAGCAUUGGCUAUACAGGAGCUUCUGAAGAUUGCGGGUUGUGAGGCAUCACUAGAUGAAAAUGAUACAGCUUCUGCGUUACAGACACUGAAGUGUAAACAACCUUUGAAUGUCCCUCCUCCUGGGAUCAAGAUCAAUUCUAAUACCAGUGGAAUGAAUGGUAGGGGUCAGAGGUUGUGGGACCGUUUCUCCACCUAUGUGAAAGAGAUAAUUGCUCCUUGUUUAACCUCAAGAUUUCAGCUUCCAAAUGUGGCAGAUUCAUCAUCUGCUGGACCUAUUUACCGGCCUUCCAUGUCUUUUAGAAGAUGGAUAUAUUUCUGGAUAAGAAAGUUGACUGUGCAUGCAACUGGUUCCCGUGCAAGUAUUUUCAAUUCUUGCCGAGGGAUAGUGCGUCACGAUAUGCAAACAGCAAUAUAUCUGCUGCCAUAUUUGGUCCUUGAUGCUGUCUGCCAUGGCACUGAGGAGGCACGAUGUGGCAUAACGGAGGAGAUCCUAAGUGUUCUUGAUGCUGCAGUAUCAGAGAAUAGUGUGGCUGCGAUUCAUGGAAUCAAUUCUCGGCAAAGUGAAGUUUGCAUUCAGGCUGUGUUCACUCUUCUUGAUAAUCUUGGCCAAUGGGUGGAUGAUGUUGAGCAAGAGAUUGCUCUUGCUCAGUCUCUUCAAUCAUCAAAUUCUAAGCAACAAGCUUCCAAGUUAAAAGAUCAAAAUAUGAAUACUUCAGUAAAUUCAGACCAAGUCCUUAUGCAGUGUAAAUAUGUUUCAGAGCUUUUGGCUGCAAUUCCUAAGGUAACCCUUUCUAGGGCCUCAUUCAGGUGUCAGGCUUAUGCGAGGUCUUUGUUGUACUUUGAGUCUCACGUGCAGGAAAAGUCGGGAUCUUUUAACCCUGCAGCUACGAGGAGUGGCAUAUUUGAAGAUGAAGAUGUCUCACUUCUAAUGGAAAUAUACAGCUGCUUGGAUGAGCCUGAUGGUUUGUCUGGUUUGGCAUGUCUACGCAAAUCUAAAAGCUUGCAAGACCAGCUCUUAAUAAACAAGAAAGCGGGAAAUUGGGCAGAAGUUUUGACUUCUUGCGAACAGGCUUUGCAGAUGGAACCCACUUCAGUUCAGAGGCAUUCAGAUGUUCUCAACUGUCUGCUAAACAUGUGCCAUUUGCAGGCGAUGGUCACUCAUGUAGAUGGAUUGAUUUCUAGGGUUCCUCAGUACAAGAAAACAUGGUGUAUGCAAGGUAUUCAGGCUGCAUGGAGGCUUGGCAGGUGGAACCUGAUGGAUGAGUUCCUUAAUGGAGCUGAUGAAGAAGGUUUACUUUGUAGCAGUUCUGAGAGCAAUGCUUCCUUUGACAUGGAUGUUGCAAAGAUUCUGCAGGCAAUGAUGAAAAAAGAUCAAUUCUCAGUUGCUGAACGAAUUGCACUCUCAAAACAAGCUCUGAUUGCUCCUUUAGCUGCUGCUGGAAUGGACUCCUAUAUCCGGGCUUACCCAUUUGUUGUAAAGCUUCACAUGCUAAGGGAGUUGGAAGACUUCCAUAGUCUCCUUGUCGGUGAAUCUUUCUUGGAGAAAUCAUUCCAUUUGGGUGAAUCUGGAUUCUCAAAAGUGGCGGACAAUUGGGAAAAUCGGCUCAGAUUUACACAACCAUCUCUGUGGACGAGGGAGCCACUCUUAGCUUUCCGGAGACUGGUUUUUGGUGCCAGUGGUCUUGGUGCUCGAGUUGGGAACUACUGGCUGCAGUAUGCAAAACUCUGUCGAUCGGCUGGUCAUUACGAGACAGCUAAUCGAGCAAUUCUAGAAGCCAAGGCUUCUGGGGCACCUAAUGUUCACAUGGAAAAGGCUAAGCUUCUGUGGAGUACUAGGAGAUCAGAUGGUGCCAUUGCAGAGCUGCAGCAAAAUCUGCUGAACAUGCCAGUGGAGGUUAUUGGUUCUGCUGCCGUGUCAUCUAUCACCAGCUUGUCAGUGGUUCCACUGAACCCACCUCCUUUACUCUGUGAUACUCCAGCCUUCAAUGAUAAUCUGGAUAUUGCAAAAACUCUCCUCCUCUACUCGAGGUGGAUCCAUUAUACUGGCCAGAGGCAGAAGGAAGAUGUCAUCGGUCUGUAUUCUAGGGUGAGAGAUCUCCAGCCCAAGUGGGAGAAAGGAUACUUUUAUGUGGCUAAGUAUUGUGAUGAACUGCUUGUUGAUACCAGAAAACGGCAGGAGGAUAAUUUUGAUCUAGGUCCCAGGGUUCCAUCUGUUUCGGCGACUGUUGUUUCUACGAAUUUGGAAAAGCAUUGGUGGUCCUACCUUCCUGAUGUACUGUUAUACUAUGCGAAGGGUCUUCAUAGAGGCCACAAGAAUCUCUUUCAAGCCCUUCCAAGGUUGUUAACCCUUUGGUUUGAUUUUGGAAGCAUUUAUCAGAGAAGUGGUUCAUCCAAUAAAGAUAUGAAAAAUGUCCAUGUGAAGGUAAUGGGCAUCAUGCGAGGGUGUUUAAAGGAUCUGCCCACAUAUCAGUGGUUAACAGUGCUUCCUCAGUUAGUUUCCAGAAUUUGCCACCAAAAUGACGAAAUUGUGCGUUUGGUCAAACACAUUAUCACCUCUGUUCUACGGCAAUACCCACAGCAAGCCCUCUGGAUUAUGGCGGCAGUUUCAAAGUCCACAGUACCUUCAAGGAGAGAGGCUGCUGCGGAGAUCAUACAAGCUGCGAGAAAAUUGUCAAGUCAGGGAAACAAUGGAAAUAACUUGUUUGUUCAGUUUGCUACCCUGGUUGAUCAUCUAAUCAGGUUGUGCUUCCAUGCUGGUCAGUCAAAGGCAAGGACCAUCAACAUCUCAACUGAAUUCAGUGCAUUGAAGAGGAUGAUGCCACUGGAAAUCAUAAUGCCCAUCCAGCAGUCCCUGACGGUAAAUCUACCCACAUAUGAUAUGGAUCUGUCUGACUCGCUUAGAUCUGAUAUCUUCUCGGCCACAGACCUUCCGACAAUAUCAGGUAUUGCUGAUGAAGCUGAGAUCCUUUCGUCUCUUCAGCGACCCAAGAAAGUGGUUCUUCUGGGUAGCGAUGGCAUUGAACGUCCAUUCCUUUGCAAACCCAAGGAUGACCUCAGAAAAGAUGCACGCAUGAUGGAAUUUAAUGCUAUGAUAAACCGUUUAUUGUCCAAGUGCCCAGAAAGUCGCAGGAGGAAGCUUUACAUUCGCACCUUUGCAGUGAUUCCCCUAACGGAGGACUGUGGUAUGGUUGAGUGGGUUCCCCACACUCGUGGGCUCCGACAUAUACUUCAAGACAUUUAUAUAAGCUGUGGGAAAUUUGACAGGAAUAAGACAAAUCCGCAAAUCAAGCGAAUUUAUGAUCAAUGCCAAGGGAAAACGCCAGAAGAUGAGAUGCUGAAGAACAAAAUUCUUCCGAUGUUUCCUCCAGCUUUUCACAAAUGGUUUUUGAACACAUUUUCUGAACCAGCUGCUUGGUUCAGGGCUCGAGUUGCAUAUUCACACACUGCUGCAGUUUGGUCAAUGGUUGGGCACAUUGUGGGCCUUGGAGAUAGGCACGGGGAAAAUAUUCUUUUCGAUUCUACCACAGGGGACUGUAUUCAUGUUGAUUUCAGUUGCUUAUUUGACAAAGGUUUGCAGUUGGAGAAACCUGAGCUGGUGCCUUUCAGGCUAACCCAGAAUGUGAUUGAUGGAUUGGGCAUUACUGGAUAUGAGGGUAUUUUUCUGAGGGUUUGUGAGAUCACACUUUCUGUACUCAGGGCCCAUAGGGAGACUCUAGUGAGUGUCCUGGAAACUUUUAUCCAUGAUCCACUUGUGGAAUGGACUAAAUCUCACAAGUCCAGUGGAGUAGAAGUUCAGAAUCCCCAUGCCCAGCGUGCCAUCAGUAAUAUCGAAGCACGACUGCAAGGAGUUGUUGUUGGCGUUGGAGCUGCACCAUCUCUGCCUCUCGCUGUAGAAGGACAGGCGCGUCGCUUAAUUGCAGAAGCAGUUUCGCACAAAAACCUAGGAAAGAUGUAUAUAUGGUGGAUGCCUUGGUUUUAAGAGGUGCAAACUAAAGACGUGUUUGCUGAAUUCAUCGGGGCUUGGUUAGUACACUAAGAAUGGGAACGACUUAACUUUUUGAUGUUGGACAAGAAAACAGAAGUGAAUAAGCUUUAUCAGGUGGUGGAAACUCUUUGAUGCAUGGUUCUUUUGCUUUUUGCUGUUGGCAUUGUCGUUCACUUUCGAGCAUUAGGGUACGUGAUGUGAUUAGAGACCUAUGAAGGACAAUAUCGAAGCCAUCAUCAAGUGUCUUUUUGGCAAUAAAGCUUAGCCACCAGAUCAUAAAAUGUUUUCUUGCUACCAAGCUCGUCAUUGAUGAUACAGCUCAAUUUUCUCAUCGAUGAAUGCAGUCAUGGUAGAGAGAAGAAAGUCUCUUUCUCCAAGACACUACUUGCCAGUGGCAGUUUAAUUGGAGGAUUGCUGGGAGAGUUGACUAUUUCAAUGUUCAUCGGAAUGAAUCCAUGGCUUGAGCCGCAACAGAUGCAGACGUGGGCAAAGAGCUUUUGGUUAAAGAAUGUAGUUAAACUUGAACUUGAGUAUUACACGCUGCCCUUUGUCAUUAACAUCUGAACAAUUCAUCUGCUUCUGGGUAAUUUUGGUGCCAUUGCCAAGUGGUAGGCAGCAAAAUAAUAGCAGAAGACAUGUGAAACCAAAAAUAUAGCAGAAAAUCCCAGCCUAUUUCCUUUUGAGGUAGAUUCAAUGCUUCAGGAACUCUGAAGCACUGUUGAGGUGGUUUACAUCAAACAGAAAGCUCCUUAUACUAAUGUAAGCUAGAGCAGAGAUUACAAUGAGAUCAUUAGGCGAGUUUGGUUCCUUACUCUGCUCCCCUGCGGAAACUGGAAAUUUGUCUGCAGGACACUUAAUUUUGCAUGUUUAUCUAAAAGAUCAUUUGAGAUCAACUUUGAUUCCAGGUUCAAUGUAAAGAUGCGUUUGGUAUACCUUUAGUUUAGGUUAAUGUGUUUAUGUUGCGGAGAUAAUGCUAAUAUCAGGUUGGUUCCUGUUUUGCAAA